AUGGCUGCUCCUUUGAAGACUCCCUUGGGAUUCAACCCCAUCCCCAACUUGUCGACUGCUGCCCCCAUUGCCGCCGAGCCCGCUGCUCCCGCCGGACUCGUCGACCAGGUCAAGGGUGCCUUCCAGAAGGUCAACUCCUUCCGUGACAGCCUCAACCUCCCCAACCCCGGAACCUACGAGGGCGUCAACCGUGAAGUCAAGCACACCUUCUUGACCAACCAUGUCUUUGAUGGAGCUCGCUGCGAUAUCACCAAGGUCUUGACCCCCAACUUCCAAGUCACCCACUCCUUUGCCAUGGGUGCUGCCGCGUCCCCCUCCAGCUACAACUUUGGCACCGCCUUCAUUGGCCAGCAGUCGUUCUUGUCCGGAAACUUGGAUACCGACGGUAACGUGCAGGCAAGAGCCAACUAUGCCUGGAGCAACACCAACGUCUCCAAGGUUCAGUCGCAGUUCUCAAACACUCCUGGACACUCGAUGUUGCAGAUGGAGCAGGAUUACAACGGCCGGGAUUUCAAUGUCAACUUGAAGGCAGUCAAUCCCUCGGUUGUUGAUAGCACCGGAAUCUUUAUUGGAUCGUACUUGCAGUCUGUGUCGGAGCACUUGGCUUUGGGAGCUGAGGCUGUGUACCAGCGCCCCACACCUGAUCAGCAGGAGACCACCAUGUCAUAUGUUGCCAAAUAUACCGGACGGGACUACAUUGCAACGGCUCAGUACCAAGGAUUCGGCGCCUUCUCGGCCGCCUACUACUUGCGCUACUCUGAGAAGGUUGAUUUCGGCACAGAGAUCCAGCUGUUGACGGCUGGUGGUCGUCGUGAGGCUGUUGCCACUGUCGGAGGCAAGUUUGAGUUUAGAAGAUCGACCUUCAGAGGUCAGGUUGAUACCACCGGAAAGGUCUCUGCCGUCCUUGAGGAGAAGAUCGUCCCCGGCUUCUCCUUCCUCGUCAGCGGAGAGAUGGACCACGGCAAGGGUCAGAGCAGAUUCGGUGUUGGUAUGAUGUGGGAGGUUUAA